AUGGCGCUGACGUGCAGUGUGCAGUUGAGUCAAAUAGACAGUUACGGGAACAAUGAAUCUCAUUUACAUAAUGAUGAUCAUUAUGAUGAUAAAGAUCAUUAUGAUGAUAAAGAUCAUUAUGAUGAUAAAGAUCAUUAUGAUGAUAAAGAUCAUUAUGAUGAUAAAGAUCAUUAUGAUGAUAAAGAUCAUUAUGAUGAUAAAGAUCAUUAUGAUGAUAAAGAUCAUUAUGAUGAUAAAGAUCAUUAUGAUGAUAAAGAUCAUUAUGAUGAUAAAGAUCAUUAUGAUGAUAAAGAUCAUUAUGAUGAUAAAGAUCAUUAUGAUGAUAAAGAUCAUUAUGAUGAUAAAGAUCAUUAUGAUGAUAAAGAUCAUUAUAAUGAUAAAGAUCAUUAUGAUGAUAAAGAUCAUUAUGAUGAUAAAGAUCAUUAUGAUGAUAAAGAUCAUUUACAAUGA